UUAAUCAUCACUCACGAUCAAAGAUGGCGGAGAAUGGAGGUUGCUGCAGUUUGUUUACUUCUUUGCUCUUCGAAUAUGACACASAAAAGAUCGUUCAUAUAAAAAAUAAGAAGAUUGGCAUUAUAUUUAGGCUGAUACAGUUGAUAAUUAUCGGUUAUAUCAUUGGGUACGUUAUAGUUUAUAAAAAAGGAUAUCAAGAGUUCCAGUCUCCUUACAGUUCAGUAACGACCAAGUUAAAGGGUGUAGCUUUAACUAAUCUAUCUGAUCUAGAGUUUUAUGGAAACACUUUUGUAUGGGAUACUGCUGAUCUUGUUAUUCCACCAGAGGAAAAUGGAGCAUUGUUUGUUAUGACCAAUAUGAUUAUAACACCCAGGCAGACCCAGGGCAAAUGUCCUGAAGACCCCAGGGUAAAGAAAGCCAACUGCACCCAAGAUUCUGACUGUCCUUAUCAUGGUACUAUACCAGGAGGACAUGGAUUGAACACAGGGAAGUGUGUUUCAAGUGAUAGACAACCAAACAAGAAAGUCUGUGAAAUAUUUUCAUGGUGCCCUGUAGAGAUUGAUGUUCUUCCAAUGCCAGGUCAUAACCUAAGAAAAAAUGUCCCACUUCUGGAAGCUGUAAGAAACUUUACUCUCCUCAUCAAGAAUACCGUCCAGUUUCCUAAAUUUGAUGAGACAAGGCGUAAUAUUGACAAAAGUAUGGAUGACCUUGGGACUUGCAAUUUUGAUCCCAUCAAGGACCAUUUAUGUCCAAUUUUUAAACUUGACACGAUCGAGAAGCUUGCUAAUGUUGAUUUUGAUAAAAUGGCUUAUGAGGGAGGAGUUAUGAGUGUAGAAAUAUCAUGGAAUUGUAAUUUUGAUCCUUUAGCAAAGCACUGUGAACCAAAGUAUAGCUUUAGAAGGCUUGAUGCAACUGAUGGGCAUACCAUUGCCCCUGGAUAUAGUUUCAGAUAUCCCAAAUAUUACAUUCAGAACGAAACACUGUACAGAACACUUACUAAAGCAUAUGGCAUUCGCUUUGUCGUCAGUGUUUAUGGACAGGUAUGUACUGGGUACUUGUGUAAAAGCGAAGUGGAACCUGAAGACUCUAAUUUCAUCUUCAAUAUGGCGUUCUGCGAGAAGGUUUGUGAUGCUCUUUUAGAAUAUAAUACAUCAAAGAUUGUACAUAUAAAAAGCAAGAAAGUUGGAUUAAUAARUAGACUGAUUCAACUUGCAAUUAUAGCUUACAUUAUAGGUUAUGUCAUUAUUUACAAGAAAGGCUACCAAGAAAAGGAAAAACCAUAUAGCUCAGUCACAACCAAGUUAAAAGGAGUUUCAUUUACAAAUCUUACACUUAAAAGUGGAUCUUUUCCAUAUUAUGGUGGUCCAUUUGUAUGGGAUGAAGCUGAUUAUGUGGUCCCUCCAGAAGAAAGUAAUGCAUUUUUUGUAAUCACCAACAUGAUCAUCACUCCAGAUCAAAAACAGGGUAAAUGUCCAGAGAGUUCAGGAACACAUGGAGUCAAGUGUUAUAACGAUAGUGAUUGUACACCUAAUAAGCCAACAUUGUAUGGUCAUGGAAUCCAGACCGGUAAGUGUGUGAACUCGUCGACUAAUAACAAGACAUUACAAGUAUGUGAGGUGUAUGCAUGGUGUCCAAUAGAGACAGAYGUCACUCCAAUGCCUAUCUUUGAUCCAAAGCUUCAGGAAGGAAAACCUCUAUUAGAUGCAAGUGAACAUACUGUGUUAAUCAAAAAUACUGUACAAUUUCCUACUUUCAAAAUAUCCAAGAGAAAUAUUGAUUCACAUUCAAAUGGAGGRCAACUGAAAAAAUGUACUUAUGACAARAAGACUUCUCCACUGUGUCCAAUUUUUAAACUAAAAACCAUUGUAGAUGAAGCAAAUCAGGAUUUCUCAAAGCUUGCUUAUGAGGGSGGAGUGAUGGGAAUCAUAAUCAGAUGGGACUGUGAUUUUGACUCUCUUACUUACUCAUGUAAACCUGUAUAUUCAUUUAGAAGAUUGGAUGAUUCUCAUGCACCUAUUGCAGAAGGAUACAAUUUCAGAUACGCUCGGUAUUUUGUGAAGAAUGACACAUUACAUCGUACUUUGUUUAAAGCUUACGGAAUUCGAUUUGUGGUGACCGUCAUUGGCGAGGGUGGUCAAUUCAGCGUUAUUCCUCUCUUCCUCAACCUUGGAUCUGGUCUUGCUCUUCUUGGAAUUGCCACUGUCCUGUGUGAUGUAGUCGUAUUAUAUGUAUUAAGAAGAAAGGAAUUUUAUCGUGCAAAGAAAUACCAGGUUGUCAAUGACAACACAGAUGAGGAGGCCCUUGUUCACAAUUCCUACGGCAGCAAGUCAUCACUUAAGUAAUAAUAACACAUCAACAUCAAGGAAAAUGAAAAUARUAUCCAGACUACCGCAGUCCAAAGUGAAUAAAAAGGCUCAUUUUUUUAGCA